UAUGCCCCUUUAAGAUAAAAUAUAUAAUUAUUACUGUCACUUGCGUGUGAGACAUAAUGCCUCAAAACAUUGCAAUAAUUGGAGCUGGAAUUAUUGGCUUAUCCACUGCUUGUAAGAUACAGGAAGAUAUACCAGGAUGUCAGUUGACAAUAUUCUAUGAUGAAUGUUCACCCAACACAACAGGAGAUAUCUCUGCUGGUUUAGUUUGUCCUUACCAAAAUGGAAAUGAUGAAGAAGACCAGGCCAUUUAUGUUCGAGAAACAUUGAAGCAUUUACGAGUGUUGUACAACAGGCAGGACGCCUUUGAAAUUGGUAUCAGCAAAAUGUCAGGCUUCAUAAUUGGUGGAAAUAUCAUAAAACCAAAUGCAUUUAAAGAAUUCCCAAACUUCCGUAAAGCAAGUGAAGCAGAGUGCCAUCACUUUUUGAGAGAUACUAAAGAAAGGCCAGUGUACACAUUGACUACUUGGAUUUGUGAAUGCACAAGCUAUCUACCAUGGUUGAUCAAGAGUAUUGAACUAAAAGGUGGAAAAUUGAUAAAAAAACACAUUUCUUCGUUUGAGGACUUAUCCGAUUUUGACAUUAUUAUAAACUGUGCUGGCAUUGGGGCCAAGUUUCUUACAUCAGACAAAGAAUUGUAUCCAGUCAAAGGGCAGGUAUAUGCCGUUGAAGCUCCUUGGAUUAAACAUUUCUAUUUGUUCGGUAACAACUACAUUAUUCCACGCUUAACUGAUGUAGUUAUUGGAGGGACAAAGCAGUAUGACAAUUACAACUUGGAAGUUGACGAAAAAGACUCCGAUCAAAUAUGGAGUAACUGCUGUAAGUUUGAACCAAGUUUGCGAUACAGCAAAAUCAAAAGUCAACAUGUUGGGUUAAGACCAAAGAGAACUUCCAUCAGAAUUGAGCUGGAACAACAAAAACUAAGUGGUCGCACAGUCACCAUUCUUCAUAACUAUGGCCAUGGUGGUUCUGGUGUCUCUAUGCAUUGAGGAUGUGCAAUAAAAGCAUCUCAUUUACUUCAACAGCACUUGAGUUUCUUAAAACUCUGAUUAACCAAGUGUGAAGUGCUUAUUAAUCUUUAUGAAGCUAUAUUUUUAAAGUCAUUUUUAUGUAUUUUUUAAAGCUAUAUAUAUAUUUAUGGCAAAAUGGUUAGCCCGCCUGCCUGUAAAAGGGAAUUGGUUCAAGGCUUGUUGCUACUACCAUUGUGGGCGUAUGUGUCCUUGGGCAAGACACUUAACAGCAAUUACUACAACCCAGUGGUCACUAACGGGGUGUCAAAGUUAUCACCCAUAAAUAAAAAAGAAAAAACAUACCCUCCCCCCAAAAUGAUCACCCACAAAGUAACAUACAUGGUAACUCGUAAGCUGGCACGAGGUGUAUGAAUGCCUGUGUUAUAACGGCUACUGUUUACUGGCUACGUGAGGAUAAAGGAAGUUACAUUCAUUUAUUCAUUCAUACUUUUAAGAUGAACUCCAACAUUCGUUUCCACAUAAUUCGGUCCUAAAC